UAUAUGUGUUGUUUUUUUCACAUACAUUGUUCUCGUGGUUUACGGAAAAGUAGGCCUAAAAUGUUAUAGUGUCUAAAAACAAUAUUCAGUUAAUGGAAUUACACUUUUUUCCAUUACUGCUUGCUUGAUAUUGCCCUAACAACUUUUUCAUGAAUCAAUUUUGAGCAUUAUGUUUACAACGUAGUUAUUAUAGCACGAAUUAUGAGUCUAAAAUGCCAAAUACUUGCAACUAUUAUGUUAAUCACUGAAAUCUUAGUGUACUAAUUGCUCGCUAUAAGCUAGGUUAUUGCGCCCCUAAACCAACGUACUGACAACGCUACCUCCCCGGAACUCAAACUUUAACGAAUUACCUUGAUAAGAUCUUUCCUAUGAAAACAGACCUUAGAUGUUAUCUGCUGUCACAAGAUGGAGUUCAGUAAACUUUGUAUAUGCUUUGCCAGGUGGUCAAGCUCCAAUCAGAUGACGGAACUUGUGCGGUUGAAUAGAAGCAGACUUCACUCAACAUUACGCACUGCUAGUCACAAAACAUGGUCACUAUCUGAACCUCUCAACUUGUCCUUUUUGAAAGGACUUGGUACAUCUCAACUGUCUGCCAGAUCAUAUUGUGCUUCCCAAGACAGAGAAUUAUCGGAACUUCGGCAUUCUCAACCGAAAGAGAGCACGAGACGUACGCUGCAUAUUCCUGUCAUGAAAGAUGAAGUCUUGCAGAUUUUGAAUCCACAAAGUGGCCAGGUUUUUCUUGAUAUGACAUUUGGUGCUGGUGGCCACACUCAGUCUAUCCUCGAGACAUAUCCUGGUGUGAAAGUAAUAGCGUUGGACCGUGAUCCUUUGGCUUAUCGAAUAGGCACUGAAUUGCAAAAAUAUUAUGGAGACAGACUCAUUCCAGUCCAAGGUAGAUUCAGUGAGGUAGAGGACUUGUUGAGGGAUAUCGGCAUUGAGGAGAGUUCCCUUGAUGGUGCAUUGUUUGACUGUGGUGUCAGCUCCAUGCAGUUCGAAACGGCGAAGAGAGGGUUCUCCUUGGUCAGAGAUGGGCCCCUAGAUAUGAGGAUGGACUGGAAUAGGGAUCCUGCCAAGCCAACUGCAGCUGAUGUAGUGAACCAUUUAAAUCAACAAGGUCUGUACGAAAUACUGAAGAAAUAUGGAGAGGAGAAAAAGGCACGAGUUAUAGCCCAGGCAAUUAUUGAUGCCAGGUAUACAUAUGGGAAGUUCAAGACAACAAAGGAGUUGGCUCAAGUGGUAGAGUCUGUCUUUAUGGAGGGAGCUUAUCGUAAAGACAAACUGAUGAGGCAUGCUCAUGUGGCAACAAAGACUUUCCAAGCGCUGCGGAUCUUCGUCAAUGAUGAACUAAAUGAACUCUACAAUGGUUUAGAACAAGUCUAUAAACUAUUGAAACCAGGGACAGGGCGGUGUGUGGCCAUUUCCUUCCAUUCCCUGGAGGAUCGCAUCAUCAAGAGACAUUUUCACGGUAUCGAUAUCGACACGGACAAAAAUAUGACAGUGUCUGACCAAAUGAGAUUGCGGAGUUACGGUGUUUCUCAUAGUUGGGACGAGAUGGCUGAUAUAGUUGAAUCAAAAUGGACACCAUUGAGUAAGAGGAUUUCAUUGGCUAGUGAAUUGGAAGUCCAUCAGAAUCCAAGAUCAAGGUCAGCAAAAUUAAGAGCCGCUAUAAAGACAUCUUGAUGACAGUCCUGAAAGAGUUUGUUGUGAAUAAGGACCGGGGACAACUUAUCAUUUGUUAGAUGAACACGAUUUGUAGUGAACUUGUGUUUCAUGAGAACUGAUCAUGUAGAAGUUGCAUUGUUGUAAUAAAACAUUUUUUACCUUCAAAUGUUUGCCUCAAAGUCUUACCAAUCUUGCUGGUCUACAUGUAUAUGAUUAGGUUAUUUAUUGUUCAAGAAGACUUCAGAUGCAUCUUGAGCAAACACUAGUGGAGGUGCUAUGUGAUGUGUUUGGUCAGAUC